AUGCACACGCGCAGUACCCAAGCAAGCCCGCUGCUUGUCCAUCUGCGCCUGCGCGGCGCCGUUUUAGAGCAUGCUCACUGGAACACGGCGUGCUGCCUGUCGGUCCAGCGAACCCCGGGAGCGGUGAGGGGUGUGCGCGGACCUGGGCAGGGCCAGCGCGACCACCACCAUAGCUCUUUCCUUCUGCAAGGCUUCAGCUCCAUGCUGCUACCAGUUCGGGUGCCCAAGGCUUGGUGGGGGCUCAAGCCGUUGGUCUCAGUACCCCUUGGAACCCUGCAGGGCAAAGUCCCGACUCUGAGGUCGAGGCCCCUAUCAGGGCAAGGCCCUGCUGGGACUGGUGGCCAGGACCCGGCACCAAGCUUUAGGCUUCGGACGAGGCUGCUCAUCACAGCCCUGUUUGGGGCCGGACUCGGGGGUGCCUGGCUGGCCGCUCGAUCUGAGAAGGAGCGGUGGCGGCAGGAGCAGCGGACCAAGGCCCUGCGCCAGGCGGCCGUAGGCCAGGGCGACUUCAGCCUGCUGGACCACCGGGGCCAGGCGCGCCACAAAGCUGACUUCCGGGGCCAGUGGGUGCUGCUGUACUUUGGCUUCACACACUGCCCUGACAUCUGCCCCGACGAGCUGGAGAAGCUGGUGCAGGUGGUGCGGCAACUGGAGGCGCAGCCCGGGCUGCCCACUGUGCAGCCAGUCUUCGUCACCGUAGACCCCGAGCGCGACGACGUGGCAGCCAUGGCCCGCUAUGUGCAGGACUUUCACCCGCGGCUGCUCGGUCUGACAGGCUCCAGCGAACAGGUAGCCCAGGCCAGUCGCAGCUACCGCGUGUACUACAGCGCGGGUCCCAAGGACGACGACCAGGAUUACAUUGUGGACCACUCCAUCGCCAUCUAUCUGCUCAACCCUGACGGCCUCUUCACCGACUACUAUGGCCGCAGCAAGUCGGCCGAACAGAUCGCCGACAGCGUGCGGCACCACAUGGCUGCCUUCAGCAGCGUGCUGGGCUGAGCUGCCUACCAUUAAAGGGAAGCCCGGUG